GCUGCUGGGGCUUCCAGCAGUGCACCCUCUAGCCGCCAACUGGAGGACCGCGUUGACCACGUAGUGGCAAUGCUCGGCGACAUCAGCACGUUCGCUGCGCCGACCACCACCAUCAGCAGUCAGCUGCAUACAUUGAAGACCGAGGUCCAGCAGCUGCAGACGACGAACGCAAAUGGCAAUCCGAAGAUGUAUAAGAUGCCAACAUUCACUCUGGAGAGGUUCGACCACCACACGCAGCAGGAUCCGGCCCUCUGGUGGGAAGCAUUCACAACGCAACUCAGGAUUCUGCCCGUAGACAAGCAUGCGUAUAUCGGCGCCCUGUUCCUGAACUCAAAGGGCGGAUGCCAGACCUGGUUGACCCAUCUGGCAACCUCCCACGGCGUCGACGUACCAGACUUGAAGGACGUAAUCACAUGGGAGGAACUGACACAGCUGUGGAAGAAGCGGUUCAUCGUCGACGACGCGCCAGCACUCGCCAUCAACCGACUGUUCACCAUGUCAACACAGCAACACGGGACUGGCUCACGGACUUCGCCGCAAUCUAUCGCCGGGGAUUCGACGUCAUGGUCAAGAGUUGAUGAGCUCGACCCAUUGAGGUUCACGAACUUCCAGUGGAUGCCCGUUCCCUCCACCGGACGAUUGCCGAAACCGCAUUGCAACGUGCUUAUGGCACAAUUGCGGGACUACUUGCACACUGCAGUACCAGCUCCGUUGAUGGACGCCGGAGCAGAGGUUGUCGACCUUCACGUUUACAUCGCGAAGAUCGACCGCGAGUUCAAGACGCAACGGUACGACGACAUCGACGCACCAUUGUUAUACGUACACAUUCAGAUCGGAGAGGCGACCUGCAGUGCCUUGAUCGAUUGCGGAGCAUCUCGCAACUACAUCAGCCAGGACUUCAUGGUACGCGCCAGCCUUGGCCCACGUGUCCGGAGGAAGUCCCAGCCUAUGCAAGUCACUCUGGCAGACGGUCAUACGCACAAGUCCAUCGACCGAUGCAUUGACGCCAUCCCAGUGUACUUUGCGCCACACGCAAGUGAGGCGGUGUCCUUUGACAUUCUGGACACCAAAUUCGACAUGAUCUUGGGCAUGUCAUGGCUGCGAAGCGAGGAUCACCCGGUGAACUUCUUCAACCACACCGUUCACGUUCGUGAUUGGAACAGAGUAUUAGUUCCAUGCACGGUGCCUCUUCCUCAUCCUUCGAUCAGCUGCCACGUGGUAUCCGCCGCAAGCAUGCGAGCUUCCAUCAUCAGAGACGACAUCGAGGAGAUGGGGGUGUGCUUUCUCCACGCCCUCCCGCCACAUGACGCUUCAUCGACGGACUCACCUUCGGAUCCACGCAUCAUCGAGCUUCUCGACGCCUACAGCGACGUGUUCGAAGGCCCGCACGGAGUAGUACCGGAUCGACCCAUCCGCCACGAGAUCAUCCUCGAGGACGGGGCCUUACCUCCGCGCGGUUGCAUCUACCGAAUGAGCGAAGAAGAGUUAAGUGUGCUUCGGGCACAACUCGACGACCUUCUAGAGACAGGCUGGAUUCGGCCUAGCUCAUCGCCAUACGGUGCUCCUGUUCUCUUCAUCCGGAAAAAGAACAAGGACCUGCGGUUGUGCAUCGAUUAUCGCAAGCUCAACGCGCAGACGAUCAGGAACGCCGGCCCUCUCCCACGCAUCGACGACCUUCUCAAGCGAUUGGGCGGCGCCCAGUUCUUCUCUAAGAUGGAUCUCAAGUCAGGGUACCACCAACUCGAGAUUCGCAAGGAGGAUCGCUACAAGACCGCGUUCAAGACACGGUAUGGGCAUUUUGAAUGGCUGGUCAUGCCAUUUGGCCUUACGAAUGUCCCAGCCACUUUCCAAGCGGCUAUGACGACGGAGUUCCGACACAUGCUGGAUCGUUUCGUACUUAUCUACCUCGACGACAUUCUGGUUUACAGCCGGAGUCUGGACAAGCAUGUGGAACACCUGCGCACCGUUUUGGAGCAGCUACGACAGGCCAAGUACAAAGCAAACCGCGACAAGUGCGAGUUCGCACAGUCAGAUUACCUGGGUGCGCUGAUUUCUGAGUUUGGCUUAUCUAAGGAUGUGACCCAAUCUUUGGCGGAAGCCUACAAGGAAGAUCCCAUCACGAUGGACAUCAUCAACAAACUGCAGGCCAAAGACAAGGUCACCACUGACGAGUUUGUGAUGGUGGAUGUGUUACUCUUUCUUGAAAAGGCAGGGUUCAAAAGACCGGCAGGCACAACCUCCAAAGCGAGCAAUCGGCAACGCAGUGCAGGGUCUGUGGCGAAGCAGCCGUACGACCCGAGGUUGUAUGCACACCUGCCUUCUCACGAGAUUCCUCUGCCACCGUCGGAUGACGAGGGGAGAGAUGCCAGGUCGUCGACUUUGCUGUUGGGAAGUGGUUCGACGCAGGAAUGGGCGGUGACGCAGUCGUACGGCAGCAGGCGGGUGGAGACCCCGUGGUCUUACACGAACGAGGGGUUGUGCGACGACGACGGCAAUGCAGCGGUUGAUCUCAGCUUCCAGUUGUCCAGCAGCAGUGGAGCAGCGGCAACGCACACUCGGAUCAUCAAUCCCCACGCGGGUUGGGAUUGCGCGGACAACACGCACGGUGGUGUCUGCGGGCCGCGAGACGGCGGUCUGCCUCAAUCGCUUCGUGAAGGUGGUGGUAAUCGGAAUGAUUCGACGACGAUCGUCGGAGGAGGAGUCGGUGCGCGUGAACGUCCGGAGUGGAUGUUGUUGUCACCUGCUUCACGAACCGGAUCCGGCGCUCCUCCUGGACGGCAGCGGCCGGAGGAUUUACGUGAGGGAGGUGCGGACGUGCACCACGACAGCAGGCAGCUGUGGGCAGAGUGGAGGCAGGCCUUGCAUCAACGUGGAACGAAGACAAUCACGAGAGGGGUGCAACGGCUCCACGUGGACGAAGGGGACGAAGCGGCUGUUGAGGAGGCCCAGGGGUGGGACGACGUUGACGGUGACGACGAUUGCAACUCCGACGAUUUGCCAGACAUUAGGCCGCUUGGGAGGAAGGCGACGAACGGUGGAGCGAGUGCGAGGAAGGGUCCCGCUACGAAAACUCGACGGAGCAAGAAAAUGGAUGACGACAUAGGCCGGAGCGAUGGCGAGGGCGGAUAAAAUUUCUGGUCAGUCGGAGACACGAUCGCACUCGUCAGGGCAAAAAGGGAUCAG